AUACAAUUCUGACAGUUGAGAAAUAAGCAGGAAGAAACAUACAUUAAUUCGUUGACAGACGCCUUUAUUUUUUUGGGCUAUUAAGUUACUUUCAAUUCGUAAUCGGCAUUCGUAUAAAACGUUAAAUAGCAAAAAUGCGCAUACGCACAAUUUUUCUUAUAUUCUUCGUCACAUCUAUAUUCGUCGGGUUUGCCGCCAUUUUAGCAAACCUAAUGGCCGGCCUGGGCGAUCGUGCUGGUCUAAGCUGGUUCCUUCAUACAACCAAUCCGCACAUGUGGGCUGGCCUCGGCAUUGGACUCUGCGUUUCACUAUCUGUUGUCGGUGCUGCCAUGGGCAUAUAUACGACCGGCACCAGUGUGGUUGGAGGAGGCGUCCGCUCGCCACGCAUCCGAACCAAGAAUCUUAUCUCUGUAAUAUUCUGCGAAGCAGUGGCCAUUUACGGAUUGAUCAGCGCCAUUGUGUUUUCGGGAAGUCUGCAGUCCUAUGUUACGCACCGUGUGAUCAACAAUCAUAAAGUAAUGACCAAAAAUAUGUUUACUGGAUUUGCAACAUUUGGCGCCGGUCUUGCGGUUGGUUUGGUCAAUCUCUCCUGUGGCAUUUGCGUGGGCAUUGUGGGCUCAGGAGCAGCACUAUCGGAUGCCGCCAAUUCGGCAUUGUUUGUCAAGAUUCUGAUUGUUGAAAUCUUUGGAUCCGCAAUUGGACUAUUUGGUUUAAUUGUUGGCAUUUACAUGACCUCCAAUGCAGAAAUGAUCAAUUUGUAAUUAUUUUAUUAAAAACUAGAAAUAGCACAGAUACUUAUAUACUAA